CAUACUUCUGCGCUUUCCCUGAAAGUGGAGCAUUGGCAACUGCCGUCAAAAAGCUCCCCGUGCUUCUUCAGCUCUGCUACUAGCACCAAACUGUCUAAUUCUGUCUGGAGGGACUUGGAGACAGCCCUGAAGACAAGUUUAAAAGGGACCCAGUGACACCCUGCUGUCACAUCUGGUGUCAUGAAGCCACUUAUUAGUAGCCCAUUUACAAUCACUUUCUUAGUCCCAUCAAUAGUGUAUGCUCUUCCAGAAACCUGUCUGUCUUGGAAGGAGGGAGAACACUGCUGAAGGCUUCAAUAACUGGCAAGGGAAACUGACGUUAAAAUAUAAAUGACACACUGGACACUACAGUCUUCCAGACAGGAUUAAUCUGUUAACGAUUCUGAUGUGAAGGUGUCAUUGAUGCAUUAAGGACAGUGGUGAUACAAGUACAGAGCCUGAAUUUCUGUGGGAGAAGGAUCAUCACUAAGUAGUUUCAAUCUCUUUGCACAUGGAGGAGAGUCACCAAUUGACAGGAUGGAUACAUUUCGCCUCACUGACAUAUGGUUUGCUCUAUGCUUCUUGGACACUGAAGAAAACCUGUAAUUAAGGACUCGUCUGGGUGACAGCAUAUGAAAUCACUAGGAGUUAGUGGUCUGCAAAUAUUGAAUGGCGUAUCUACUCAGCAAACAACUGAACUGGUAGACUGAGUUUAACACAUGUCCAGGUUAAAAUUGCAUUCUUCAAGGAGUAUUUGAUGGGUUAUUCCUAGAUACUUCAAAAAGGUAAAUUAAAAAAUUAUUCCAAUCUGAUCACCACACAAACACUGUUACUUUAAUGUUGAAGACGCAGACAAAAGUGCCAUGGAUGUGAAAGAGAGAAAACCAUACCGAUCUCUGACCAGGCGCCGUGACACCGAGCGACGCUACACUAGCUCCUCGGCAGAGAGCGAAGACAGCAAAAUACCGCAAAAGUCCUACAGCUCCAGUGAGACGCUGAAGGCUUACGAUCAAGACUCCAGGCUGACCUACAGCAAUCGGGUCAAAGACAUGGUGCACCAGGAGGCUGAUGAAUUCUGCCGAACGGGAGCCAACUUCUCUUUGCGAGAGCUGGGCCUCGACGACGCCAUGCCCACACACGGGACUUUAUACAGGACUGAUAUAGGGCUGCCUCACUGCGGCUACUCCAUCAGUGCUGGCUCAGAUGCUGACACUGAGGCAGAUGUCGUCAUGUCGCCAGAGCACCCGGUGAGGCUCUGGGGACGCAAUACCAAGUCAGGCCGCAGCUCCUGUCUCUCAAGCCGAGCCAACUCCAACCUCACGCUCACCGAUACGGAACACGAAAACACUGAAACUGGUCCUCCUUUGCAUUGUUCAUCCGCUUCAUCAACCCCUAUUGAGCAGUCCCCCUCCCCUCCCCCUCCCCCUGCAGCCAAUGAGAGCCAGAGAAGGUUGCUAGGCAAUGGUGUGGCCCAGCCAACCCAGGACUCUGACUCUGAGGAAGAGUUUGUCCCUAAUUCAUUCUUAGUUAAAAGUGGCUCUGGAAACCUCUGUGUACCUGCCAAUGAUCACCCUCCAGGUCUUCAGAACCAUUCAAGACUUCGAACUCCUCCACCUCCACUACCACACGCUCACACGCCAAAUCAGCAUCAAGCAGCCUCAAUCAACUCCCUAAACAGAGGGAACUUCACGCCACGUAGCAACCCCAGCCCUGCUCCUACUGACCACUCUCUUUCUGGAGAGCACCCUGCCAGCACCCAAGAGCCAGCCCAUGCUCAGGACAACUGGUUACUCAACAGCAACAUCCCACUGGAGACUAGAAACAUAGCAAAGCAGACAUUCCUAGAGACAUUGCAGGACAACCUCAUUGAGAUGGACAUUCUCACCUCCUCCCGACAUGACGGUGCUUACAAUGAUGGGCACUUCCUGUUUAAACCCGGAGGCACCUCUCCCCUCUUCUGUACAACAUCGCCGGGAUAUCCCCUGACGUCCAGCACUGUGUACUCACCUCCCCCUAGACCCCUUCCCAGAAGUACCUUCUCUAGGCCUGCCUUUAAUCUGAAGAAACCCUAUAAGUACUGUAACUGGAAAUGUGCUGCUCUGAGUGCCAUUAUCAUCUCAGUCACGCUGGUGAUCCUGCUUGCUUAUUUUAUCGCCAUGCACCUGUUUGGCCUAAACUGGCACCUGCAGCCGAUGGAAGGGCAGAUGUAUGAGAUCACGGAAGACACAGCCAGCAGUUGGCCAGUGCCAACGGACGUCUCCUUAUAUCCCUCGGGGGGCACAGGGUUAGAGUUACCUGACAGGAAAGGCAAAGGAUCCAGUGAAGGAAAGCCCCGUAGUUUCUUUCCGGAGGACAGUUUUAUAGACUCUGGAGAAAUUGAUGUUGGACGACGAGCCACACAGAAGAUUCCUCCUGGUAUCUUUUGGAGAUCUCAAGUGUUCAUUGACCAUCCAGUGCAUCUGAAAUUCAAUGUGUCUUUAGGAAAGGCCGCUCUGGUUGGGAUUUAUGGCAGGAAAGGCCUUCCUCCUUCACAUACCCAGUUUGACUUUGUUGAGCUCCUUGAUGGGAGACGGCUACUUACCCAGGAGGUGAGGAGUCUGGAAGGAUCUCAGCGGCAACCUAGAGGCUUUGUGCCAAUGUCCAGUCAUGAGACGGGGUUUAUCCAGUAUUUGGAUACAGGAAUAUGGCAUCUGGCCUUCUACAAUGAUGGCAAAGAGUCCGAGGUGGUUUCUUUUCUUACCACUGCCAUCGAAUCAGUGGAUAAUUGUCCCAGUAACUGCUACGGGAAUGGAGACUGUGUUUCUGGGACCUGCCAUUGCUUCCUCGGCUUUCUGGGUCCCGACUGCGGCAGAGCAUCUUGUCCAGUACUGUGCAGUGGAAAUGGUCAGUACAUGAAAGGGCGAUGUUUAUGCCACAGUGGUUGGAAAGGGGCAGAAUGUGAUGUUCCAACAAACCAGUGCAUUGAUGUAUCCUGCAAUAAUCAUGGCACAUGCAUCAUGGGGACCUGUAUCUGCAAUCCAGGGUACAAGGGGGAGAGCUGCGAAGAAGUGGACUGCAUGGAUCCCACUUGUUCUGGGCGAGGAGUGUGCGUACGGGGAGAAUGUCACUGUUCCGUUGGCUGGGGAGGAACGAAUUGCGAGACACCAAGAGCUACCUGUUUGGACCAGUGCUCCGGACAUGGGACCUUUCUGCCUGAUACCGGGCUCUGCAGCUGCGAUCCUAACUGGACCGGACACGAUUGCUCAAUCGAGAUUUGUGCAGCGGAUUGCGGAGGGCACGGCAUCUGUGUCGGAGGCACCUGCCGCUGCGAGGAGGGAUGGAUGGGCGCAGCCUGUGAUCAGCGGGCGUGUCACCCACGCUGCAAUGAGCAUGGGACAUGUCGGGAUGGCAAGUGUGAAUGCAGCCCGGGCUGGAAUGGAGAGCACUGCACUAUUGCUCACUAUCUGGAUAAGGUAGUGAAAGAGGGGUGCCCUGGACUGUGUCAUGGCAAUGGCAGAUGCACUCUGGACAUGAAUGGCUGGCACUGUGUCUGCCAGCUGGGCUGGAGAGGAGCGGGCUGUGAUACUUCCAUGGAGACAGCAUGCGGCGAUGGAAAAGACAACGAUGGAGAUGGCUUGGUGGACUGUAUGGACCCAGAUUGCUGCUUGCAGCCUUUGUGCCAUGUUAACCCACUGUGCCUGGGCUCACCUGACCCCCUGGAUAUCAUACAGGAGACUCAAACCCCCACAUCCCAACAGAACUUGCACUCUUUCUAUGAUCGAAUCAAGUUCCUGAUUGGCAAGGACAGCACUCACAUCAUCGCGGGAGAGAAUCCAUUUGAUGGAGGCCAUGCGUGUGUGAUUCGAGGUCAGGUGAUAACAUCAGAUGGAACCCCUCUAGUUGGAGUGAACAUCAGUUUUGCCAACAAUCCUCUUUUUGGAUACACAAUCAGCAGGCAAGAUGGCAGCUUUGAUCUCGUCACUAAUGGUGGGAUUUCCAUUAUCUUACACUUUGAGCGGGCUCCCUUCAUCACUCAGGAACACACGCUCUGGCUGCCCUGGGAUCGCUUUUUUGUAAUGGAAACCAUAGUCAUGAGGCAUGAAGAGAAUGAGAUUCCAAGCUGUGAUCUCAGCAACUUUGCCCGUCCCAACCCCGUGGUCUCCCCGUCCCCCCUGACAGCAUUUGCAAGUUCCUGUACGGAGAAAGGCCCCAUUGUUCCAGAAAUUCAGGCCCUGCAAGAGGAGAUUAACGUUGCUGGCAGCAAACUAAAGCUGAGCUACCUGAGCAGCCGCACGGCUGGCUAUAAGUCAGUCUUAAGGAUCAGCAUGACUCAUCCCACCAUCCCCUUCAACCUCAUGAAAGUCCACCUUAUGGUUGCUGUAGAAGGACGCCUCUUUAGAAAGUGGUUUGCAGCUGCCCCGGACCUCUCCUAUUAUUUCAUCUGGGACAAGACGGAUGUCUACAGCCAGAAAGUGUACGGACUGUCAGAAGCCUUUGUUUCCGUGGGCUAUGAAUAUGAAUCAUGUCCUGAUCUGAUCCUGUGGGAGAAGAGGACGGCAGUCCUUCAGGGUUAUGAAAUUGACGCUUCCAAACUUGGAGGAUGGUCCCUGGACAAACACCAUGCCCUCAACAUACAGACUGGCAUCUUGCAUAAAGGAAAUGGGGAAAACCAAUUUGUCUCUCAGCAGCCACCUGUCAUAGGAAGCAUUAUGGGCAAUGGACGCAGGCGUAGCAUUUCCUGUCCGAGCUGUAAUGGCCUUGCAGAUGGGAACAAGCUCCUGGCUCCUGUUGCCCUAACAUGCGGGUCUGAUGGAAGCCUUUAUGUUGGAGACUUCAACUACAUCCGAAGGAUCUUUCCCUCUGGGAAUGUCACCAAUAUACUGGAGCUCAGAAAUAAAGAUUUCAGACAUAGCCACAGCCCAGCUCACAAGUAUUACCUGACAUCAGACCCAAUCACUGGCUCCAUCUACCUCUCUGACACUAACAGCCGACGCAUCUAUAAGAUCAAGUCGACCUCCGUCGUGAAGGAUGUUGUCAAGAAUUCGGAGGUGGUGGCAGGGACUGGGGAUCAGUGCCUUCCCUUUGAUGAAACCCGCUGUGGAGAUGGGGGCAAAGGCACCGAAGCAACACUCACUAACCCCAGGGGCAUCACUGUGGACAAGUUUGGGUUGAUUUACUUUGUAGAUGGCACCAUGAUCAGACGUAUUGACCAGAAUGGGAUUAUCUCAACCAUGCUGGGCUCCAAUGACUUGACAUCUGCCAGGCCUCUCAGCUGUGACUCCGCCAUGGACAUUUCUCAGGUUCGUCUAGAGUGGCCCACAGAUCUGGCAGUCAACCCGAUGGAUAAUUCCCUGUAUGUUCUCGACAAUAACGUUGUGUUGCAGAUCUCUGAAAAUCACCAAGUGCGCAUUGUGGCCGGAAGGCCUAUGCACUGCCAGGUCCCAGGCAUUGAUCACUUCCUCCUCAGCAAAGUGGCAAUACAUGCAACUUUGGAAUCUGCCACGGCUUUGGCCGUCUCCCAUAAUGGGGUCCUGUAUAUCUCUGAGACCGACGAGAAGAAGAUCAACCGCAUCAGGCAGGUCACCACCAAUGGGGAAAUCUCACUUGUUGCUGGUGCACCAAGCAGCUGUGACUGCAAGAAUGAUGCCAACUGUGACUGCUUCUCUGGGGAUGAUGGCUACGCAAAGGAUGCCAAGCUAAAUGCCCCUUCCUCCCUAGCCGUGUGCGCAGAUGGGGAGUUGUAUGUUGCUGACCUUGGAAACAUCCGAAUCCGCUUUAUUCGGAAAAACAAGCCAUACCUCAACACACAGAACUUAUAUGAGUUGUCCUCUCCUAUAGACCAGGAACUCUACUUGUUUGACACCAGCGGUAAACACCUUUAUACCCAGAGCCUACCCACAGGAGAUUACCUUUACAAUUUUACCUACACCGGAGAUGGAGACAUAACCUUGAUCACUGAUAACAAUGGUAACUUAGUCAAUGUCCGGAGAGAUUCUACUGGGAUGCCACUCUGGCUGGUAGUGCCAGACGGCCAGGUCUACUGGGUGACAAUUGGCACCAAUAGCGCCCUCAAGAGCGUGACAGCACAAGGGCAUGAAGUGGGUAUGAUGACGUACCAUGGCAACUCUGGUCUUCUUGCCACCAAGACCAAUGAAAACGGAUGGACAACAUUUUAUGAGUACGACAGCUUUGGCCGCCUGACCAACGUCACCUUCCCCACAGGCCAAGUCAGCAGCUUCCGCAGCGAUACCGACAGCUCAGUGCACGUCCAGGUAGAAACCUCCAGCAAGGACGACGUUACCAUAACAACCAAUCUGUCAGCAUCAGGCGCUUUCUACACCCUCCUGCAAGACCAAGUCCGAAACAGCUACUACAUCGGCGCUGAUGGCUCUCUCAGGCUGAUGCUUGCUAACGGCAUGGAGGUAGCACUGCAGACUGAACCCCACCUGCUGGCUGGCACCGUGAACCCGACAGUGGGGAAGAGGAACGUGACCCUGCCCAUCGACAAUGGCCUCAAUCUGGUUGAGUGGAGGCAGCGGAAGGAACAAGCUAGAGGGCAGGUCACUGUCUUUGGACGCAGGCUGAGGGUUCAUAACAGAAACCUGCUGUCCCUCGACUUUGAUCGUGUGACAAGAACAGAAAAAAUCUAUGAUGACCAUCGCAAGUUCACUCUACGGAUCCUGUAUGACCAAGCAGGCAGACCUAGCCUCUGGUCUCCUAGCAGCAGGUUGAAUGGAGUUAACGUGACUUAUUCCCCAGGGGGACACAUUGCAGGGAUCCAGAGGGGAACUAUGUCAGAAAGGAUGGAAUACGAUCAGGCUGGCAGAAUUAUAUCCAGGAUUUUUGCUGACGGAAAAUCAUGGAGCUACACUUACUUGGAGAAGUCCAUGGUGCUGCUUCUCCACAGCCAGAGACAAUACAUCUUUGAGUUUGAUAAGAAUGAUCGAUUGUCAUCAGUCACCAUGCCCAAUGUCGCCCGGCAGACCUUAGAAACCAUCCGGUCCAUUGGAUACUACAGGAACAUCUACCGGCCUCCAGAGGGCAACGCCUCAGUCAUUCAGGAUUUCACUGAGGAAGGGCAGCUCCUUCACACCUUCUACCUGGGAACAGGGAGGCGUGUCAUCUACAAGUAUGGCAAGCUGUCCAAGCUAGCUGAAAUGCUCUAUGACACCACUAAGAUUGGCUUCACCUACGAUGAAACUGCUGGUAUGUUGAAGACAAUAAACCUGCAGAAUGAAGGGUUCACCUGUACUAUCAGAUACAGGCAGAUAGGCCCACUCAUCGACCGCCAGAUUUUCCGCUUCACUGAGGAAGGCAUGGUGAAUGCACGCUUCGACUACAAUUAUGAUAACAGCUUCAGGGUGACCAGCAUGCAAGCAGUGAUCAACGAGACACCGUUACCCAUCGAUCUCUACAGAUACGAUGAUGUGUCAGGCAAAACGGAGCAAUUUGGUAAAUUUGGGGUCAUCUACUAUGACAUCAAUCAGAUUAUCACCACUGCCGUCAUGACUCACACUAAGCACUUUGACGCCUAUGGCAGGAUGAAGGAGGUCCAGUAUGAAAUAUUCAGGUCACUCAUGUACUGGAUGACUGUGCAGUACGACAACAUGGGGAGAGUGGUGAAGAAGGAGUUGAAGGUCGGACCAUAUGCAAACACGUCAAGGUACUCUUAUGAGUACGAUGCUGAUGGCCAGCUGCAGACAGUGUCUAUCAAUGACAAACCACUCUGGCGUUACAGUUAUGACCUCAAUGGAAACCUCCAUUUGUUGAGUCCUGGGAACAGUGCCCGUCUUACCCCCCUAAGGUAUGACCUCAGGGACAGGAUUACGAGAUUGGGGGAUGUGCAGUACAAAAUGGAUGAAGAUGGCUUCCUGAGACAAAGGGGAAAUGACAUUUUUGAGUACAACUCAGCAGGCCUGCUCAUUAAAGCAUACAGUAAAGCAAGCGGAUGGAGCGUAAAAUAUCGCUAUGAUGGUCUCGGAAGAAGAGUUUCUAGCAAAACUGCCCAUGGCCACCAUUUACAGUUCUUCUAUGCAGACCUGACCAACCCCACUAAGGUCACCCAUUUGUACAACCAUUCAAGUUCCGAGAUCACCUCCCUUUACUAUGAUCUCCAAGGCCACCUCUUUGCCAUGGAGCUCAGCAGCGGAGAUGAGUUCUACAUAGCCUGUGAUAACAUCGGGACCCCUCUGGCAGUCUUCAGCGGAACGGGCUUAAUGAUCAAGCAGAUACUGUACACAGCAUACGGGGAGAUCUACAUGGACACCAAUCCCAAUUUCCAGGUCAUCAUCGGAUACCAUGGAGGUCUGUACGACCCCCUCACUAAACUCAUCCACAUGGGGCGGCGAGACUAUGAUGUGUUAGCUGGGCGGUGGACAAGCCCAGACCACGAUAUGUGGAAACAUCUGAGCAGCAACAACAUAAUGCCUUUCAACCUUUAUAUGUUCAAAAACAACAACCCUAUUAGCAACGCUCAGGAUAUCAAAUGUUACAUGACAGAUGUCAACAGCUGGCUGCUUACCUUUGGUUUCCAACUACACAAUGUUAUCCCGGGAUAUCCCAAGCCAGAUACGGAUGCAAUGGAGCCAUCAUAUGAGCUUAUCCACACGCAGAUGAAAACCCAAGAGUGGGACAAUAGCAAGUCAAUCUUGGGAGUGCAGUGUGAAGUGCAGAAACAGCUGAAAGCCUUCGUCACCCUAGAGCGCUUUGAACAGAUCUACAGUUCCAGCAUCGCCGGGUGCCGGCAGCUCAAGGAGAACAAGAACUUUGCCUCGGGAGGAUCUGUCUUCGGCAAAGGGGUCAAGUUUGCCAUGAAGGAUGGGCGUGUGGCCACUGACAUCAUCAGUCUGGCCAACGAGGAUGGACGCCGGAUCGCAGCUAUUCUGAACAACGCCCACUACCUGGAGAACUUGCACUUCACCAUAGAGGGAGUGGACACACAUUAUUUCGUUAAGCAAGGGCCGUCAGAAAGCGACUUGUCCAUACUGGGCCUCAGUGGCGGGCGGAGAACCCUGGAGAACGGCGUGAACGUUACAGUGUCCCAGAUCAACACAGUGCUCAGUGGAAGGACUAGACGUUACACAGACAUCCAGCUCCAGCAUGGCGCACUGUGUCUAAACACCCGUUAUGGGACCACCUUGGACGAGGAGAAAGCCCGCGUGCUGGAGCUGGCCAGGCAGCGCGCCAUAGCCCAGGCCUGGGCCAGGGAGCAGCAGAGACUGCAGGAUGGGGAGGAGGGCAUUCGCUCGUGGACAGAAGGGGAGAAGCAGCAAGUGCUAAACACAGGCCGGGUGCAGGGCUAUGAUGGCUACUUUGUGAUCUCAGUGGAGCAAUACCCAGAACUCUCAGACAGCGCCAACAACAUCCAUUUUAUGAGACAGAGCGAAAUGGGCAGAAGGUGACAGAGAGGGUCAAUGCGGUGACUUCUUGCCAAAGACAGCUACUCUUUUGUGGCCACUUACCUGACUGUGUUGUACUCAAUCCUUUUUCUAAACUGAACCUGGCUGGGGGAGGAAAAUAAAGAGAGAAAGAAUAUGGUUGCACUGUAACUCAUGCAACAUUCUUUUUUUUUUAUUUUAAAUUUGGCCUUCACAUGUUUUUUGCAAUGAACAGAAGGUAUAUUUUGCCGUAGUGUGAUCACAGUGAAAUUUACUGUCUCUUUGUCCUUUUUUCCCUUUUGUGAGGAAUUUAAAGUGGGGAGUUGUAAACGUACAUCCAUGGGUUACUUGGUGUGAAGUGAGAAAUGGGUGUCUGUGCUAACUUGUUUCAUCCUAAUCCUUUCUUAUUUGGGACAGGGACAGAUAGCCUUCGACCCGAAUAACAGCUCAGAAACGCUGGGCACGCUGGAAACGGAAGAUGACAAUGAUUCCAAAUCUCUCAAAGUGACUGUCUGAAUCGUGUGCCUCAAAAGAGAACUUACAAGGAGUUUUCAGCUUUCACUUGGGACAGAAAGUGUUUCUUGGGCUCCUGCUGCACAGAAGUAGAUUAUAGAGGCAAAAGGAGCUGGAUAUAUUAACUUGCAAGAUGAUUCUCUUCCUUCCUGAACUGGAAUUAAAAAAAACAGUCUUUUUCAUUA